CUUGGCCACCGUAAUCCGUAUUCCAUUUUAAAGUACCGUUGCCACAGUGGUGCCAGCCUCCUUUCGUAAGAGCAAGUAAUCGCUUACAAUACCAAACACUGAAGCGACCACUUGCCCUUGCUAAAGAUGGCUGCUGCCACUGUGGCAACGGUGCUUUAAAAUGGAAUACGGACUACGGUAGCAAAACCUCGACGAAGAAAGCCCGUCCGACGUCUCGCGAGGUUUUGCAGCCGCUGCCUGGAUUCCUUUGAGCAAAUGCUUCUGCAGUCUUGAUUGCGUUCUCUUUCAACCCCGUCCGGGGUUCUUAUUGCUUAGCCCCCGAACCCGUAGAGGAUUUUCGCGGUGGGACUUUGUUUGCACUUCAGUGAUGGGGAAGAUUGGGCUGCAGUUCAAAGCCACCUUAGAAAAUAUCACCAAUGUCAGACCAGUGGGGGAGGACUUUCGCUGGUAUCUGAAGCUGAAAUGUGGGAACUGUGGUGAGGUUUCAGAAAAAUGGCAAUAUUUACGAUUAAUGGACAGUCACCCUCUCAAAGGAGGCAGAGGGAGUGCCACAAUGGUGCAGAAAUGCAAGCUGUGCUCCAGAGAAAACUCUAUAGAUAUCUUAAGUCACACCAUAAAGCCUUACAAUGCAGAAGACAAUGAGACCUUUAAGACAAUAGUUGAGUUUGAGUGUCGUGGCCUUGAACCAGUGGACUUCCAACCACAGGCUGGGUUUGUUGCAGAAGGUGCAGAGUCUGGAACGCCUUUCACUGACAUCAACUUAUUGGAAAAGGAUUGGAAUGACUAUGAUGAAAAAAUAAAGGAAUCAGUCGGAAUCUAUGAAGUUACCCAUAGGUUUGUCAAAUGUUGAAACUUAUUUGUCAUUGAUUUUCUGAAUCAAGAAUAAAGUAUUUUACUUUCUACAAACUUUACCCUCCCUCAUAUGGCCUUACACAAAGAACGCAGCAUGCUAGCCAACAAAGAAGUCAGGAGGGCUUUGGGGACACAUAUAUAGGGCAGCAAAUGUAACAACUAUAUUUAUUUUAAUGGAGCUCCUAAAUUCCCUGCAUAGAAGUCAGCAGCUUGAUUAGGCAGAAGCUAUGCAGCAGUAUUAGCAG